ACUCCACACAGCAAAGCAAAGCAAAGCAAAGCAAAUUUCCUUCAACUUUCUCUCUCUAGGAUUUCAUCAACACUCUCUCUCUACAAUGGCGCCCAAGGCAGACAAGAAGCCAGCGGAGAAGAAGCCGGCGGCGGAGAAAGCUCCGGCGGAGAAGAAACCGAAGGCGGAGAAGAAGCUUCCGAAGGAAGCGUCGACAGAGAAGAAGAAGAAGAGGUCGAAGAAGAGUGUAGAGACUUACAAGAUCUACAUCUUCAAGGUUCUGAAGCAGGUUCAUCCAGACAUUGGGAUCUCGAGCAAGGCUAUGGGGAUCAUGAACAGUUUCAUCAACGAUAUCUUCGAGAAGUUAGCGCAAGAGGCUUCGAGGCUCGCUCGAUACAACAAGAAGCCUACUAUUACGUCUCGGGAGAUUCAGACUGCUGUUAGGCUUGUUCUUCCCGGUGAAUUGGCCAAGCACGCUGUAUCUGAAGGAACUAAGGCGGUUACUAAGUUCACUAGCUCUUGAUAAGUUAGGGUUUGUGUGUUUUUGAAUGUUUUGGUGGUUAAGCAGUUGUUGAACUAGGGCUUUUGAAUGUAAAGAUCUUGAUCUAUUAAUCAAGUUUCGUGUAAUGCCAGCUGAAAUGGAAUGAAUUUCAAGUUUUAGUAAUGA